CAAAAAUUAAAUGAAGUAGGAAAAAAGUAAAAGCAAGCCAAAAGAUUAGAGAGAGGAAAUCCUACCUGUAAAUAAGAUAAUCUAAAAAUGUCAAUAGACAUUAGGUAUUUAUUAUACUAAUCAAAGAGAUCACUUAGUUUGAAUAGCAAGAAUUAAAGAAAAUGUUUUCUAUAGUUUCUGACAAAAUGCAUCAAGUUAAUUAAAAAAUUUACACCUUCGAAAGGGAAGAACGGCUAUUGAGGAGGGAAAAUGAUGAAUGGGAAUUCUAUUUGAAAGAAAAAACUUCUCUUCUUAAAUAACUAACAUUAUUAAUUGAUUUAAUUAGUGGCAAAGAUCAAUCCUUUGAAAUAGAUAUUUCCACCAAUCCUGCCUAUAAAGAAAUCCAGACUUACCCCAUUCACAAAAAACAAUUGGGUGAAGACCUACUAAAAACCAUUCAGAGCGAUGAAACGUCAAUAAUUAAGCUCUAAGCACAAUUAUAAGAAAUUGAAGAAACAUCUAAGCUUCUUAGACAAUCUGGUGCUUUUUGGAACUGUGUUCGUUGCAACAUCACUUUAAAGGAAGGAUUUAAUGAAGAAGUAAUUAAAAAUUUUAUUUGAGACAUGUAUAUUUCAUCCAGGCAAACUCAAAUAUUUUUCAUGCAGAACGUGCGGAGGGGAUGAAUACUUUACCUGCUGUAAUUAAUGUAGAGAUUGCAAUCCUGGUUGUAAAAAAGGCUUGCAUAAACCUUGAC